GCAGUGCGUGGAUAACUUAACGUCAGCCAGUCUUAAAACUUCUGUCUACAAAUUGAACUGCUUCAGAACCUGCAACGAGUGUGAAACGUCCGAGAUCUACAAACCAGAAAUGAGUUCACAAAUCCGACAAAACUUCCACCAGGACUGUGAGGCUGCCAUUAACAGGCAAAUAAACCUGGAGCUAUAUGCCUCCUAUGUUUAUCUCUCUAUGGCAUACUAUUUUGAUAGGGAUGAUAAAUCCCUUCCAAAUUUUGUAAAGUUUUUCCACACACAGUCCAAAGAGGAGCGUAAACAUGCUGAGAAGCUGAUGAGUCUGCAGAACCAGCGUGGAGGCAACAUUUUUCUGCAGGACAUUAUGAAACCUGAUAGAGAUGAGUGGGGGAGUAGCCUGGAGGCUCUGGAUUGUUCCUUGCAGCUGGAAAAAAAUGUAAACCAAUCCCUGCUGGACCUGCAGAAACUGGCAGCUGAACACAAUGAUCCUCAUUUGUGUGACUUCAUAGAAACACAUUUUCUGGACGAGCAGGUGAAAUCCAUCAAGCAACUGGGAGACUGGAUAUCCAACCUGCGCCUUAUGGGAGCGCCUCAGAGCGGCAUGGCUGAGUAUCUCUUUGACAAACACACCAUAGCUGCCGAGGAAAGCUAGACUAAACCAGUGGCGGCGCUAGGGGGUGGCUACUUGGGCUCAAGCCCCGGAUGUUUUCUGAAAAGCCCCGGAUGUUUCACUUAAAAAAAAAAAAAAAAGAAUUUUUAAAUUUUUUUUUUUUUU